GCGACCAUAUGGGCAUUGCGGCGAAGACGAAGUUCGAGAUCAAUAAAGAUUGCGGAGGCGUCGCGCAUGACUGAAUUAUUUUGCGAAUUGCAACAAUCUUGAGGUUAUGAUGACGACCGGGAGGGCUAGGUUGAUUUCAGUUGACCUCGUCGUCUGGCUCGCGUGAGGUAUAAAUACAAGUGGUACAGUGCCUUGGGACAGACGACGACGAUGUUCGAGGGGGCUAUAGCGGCAUUUUUGAACCGCCUGUUGGGCAGGUACGUGGAGGACCUGGACACGGAGCAGUUCAACGUCGGUAUUUUCUCCGGGGAUACGUGCCUCACCGACCUGAAACUGAAACCGGAGGCUUUGUAUCAGCUGGGAUUACCUAUUAGAGUAGAGAUUGGUCUGAUAGGAAAAAUUAUUUUGAAGAUACCAUGGUCCGGACUUUUCUCGCAACCUAUUGUGAUAUGCAUAGAGGACAUAUACGCAGUAGCAGUACCUGCAUUAUCUGGUCCAUACGACCCAGAGAUACAAAAACGCCUGAUAAGAGCGGAGAAAAAGAAGAUACUUGAGGAUCUUAAGGAAGAUGAAGUGUUUAGAGCUGGUUUACCUCCUCAAUUAUUCGACAGUUUACUGGCGUCAGUGACAAAGAAUUUCCAGAUUACUAUAAAUAAUGUACAUAUUAGAUAUGAAGAGAAAAUUUUGCGCAACUUCCUCUGUGCCUGUGGUAUAUGUAUACAAAGUAUAUCGAUAACGACUACUAACAACAAAUGGAAGCCUGGAGUGUGUGCUACAAAUUCGCAGACGGUGUACCAGCUUGUACGCGCCGAGUCGCUCAGUGUAUACAUGGACCAUGAUACUGAAUCCUGUAUAAAUAUCCAGGGCAAUUGGGACAUGGCCAAUCUCAUCGCAUGGAAAAGCACAAUGCACAGGGCUCUGCAGACGUUUGGGAUGAAAAACAAAGACUUCCAGUUUUUGCUGAAGCCUUUCACGGCCAAGAUCAAAGUCAUUAUACACAAAGGCACGGAGAUGCAAGCUUCUCGUAUGUUAGUGGAUGUCGUGCUCCAAGAUGUAGCAAUGCAGCUGUCCGAGGCACAAUACGCUACGUUUUGUCAUAUUCAUGAUUCUAUGUUGCGUGCAACUGUUAAUAGGCCGCAUGUUAAAUAUCGCCCUGAUAAAAGCGUGUACGAGGAAGCGCCAUCUUGGUGGAGAUACGCGUAUAAUUCCGUUUUGGAUCAUUACAUUAAACCGUACACUUGGUCGCACAUAGUUGAGCAUAGGAAAAAUUACAGGAAAUACAAAGACGCGUGUAUCCAAAGUUUGCAGCGACCAAACGAUACAGAGUUGAAGUUAGAUAUGCAAAAAUAUGAAGACAACCUGACAAUUGUAAAUAUAGUGAUUGCGAGAGAGCACGCUAGACAAGAAUUGAGAAAUAAAGAUAUCGAGCGUGAGUGCCAAAUUACAGCAACGAGUCCGUCGAAAGUUAAAGCAGAAACUGUAUCACAGAGUAACGAUCAAGCGCAAGAUAUAACAGAUCAAUGCAACAAAGAAGAGAAGCAAAAAUCAUUGACGGAUGCAACAGACAAUUUCUCUGGUUUAAAGAUAAAAUCAGAAAAGGUGUUGAAACAAAUUGAUUAUAAAUUAAACUUUACUUUGGCGAACUGCUGUCUGAGCCUUUUAAACAAAGGCAAGGAAAUGCUGAUCGUAACUGUUACGCAAUUUCUGACAAGUAUUGAGGCACGGCCUAUAUUGUUAGCUUUCAAGAUAUCGGCUCGUGCUGAAAGUUUUGUAGUCGAAGCUAUAUCAACCGACGGUGAUUUAGUUCCUCUGAUUACAGUGGACAAUGUGUUAACCGGGAAUGUGUCGACAUAUUUCUUGGCUAUAGAUUUCGAGAAGAAUGGUCUAAAUAUGGAUCCCAUUUUUGAAGUAUCCAUGAAAUUGGAAGCUAUUGAAGUGACUUAUCAUCAUUUCGCUAUGGUGGAGAUUAUAAACUUUUUCAAAUUCAACACCAGUUACAUUCACAACACAGUCCUCGGAGUAUACAGACUGUGGGACUGCGCGAAAAGAAAGUAUUUGAGUUUCGUGGACGAUAUUGUUUCGCAGACAUUAAGAAUCAGCUUCAAGAUAGACAUUAAAAGUCCGUACAUUAUAUUUCCUGAAUAUGGAUCGAUUCAAAAAGGUGGACAUAUACUUGUUUUGGAUUUCGGUAACGCGACAUUGACCAACGAGCUUCAGGCGGCGAAUUUGCAAUUGGAAGACGCCACUCUUAUGGAACUGGAAGAGCUACUCUAUGACAGACUUAACAUAGUAUUCUCCGGCGCGCAAAUUUUGUUUUGCCAUUCGGGCGACGAUUGGCGCUCGGCGAGGAAGCGAAGUGAUUCGGAGUUUCAUUUGUUACCCAAGCUACAAGCGAAUGCAACCCUUUCGUAUAGUAUCAGACCAGAAUAUCGUCAAUUACCACGAACAAAACUUAAUGUAAACAUCUCAAACGUAAAGUUUAAUCUAUCCGAAAACAAGCUGCGGCUGAUGGCGUAUUUCUUAAAUAAACUGCUAACACUGUACGAAAACAACAUUGAGAAGUUUAAAGGUGGCUUAAAAGGUUCUACUUCCGAGCGAAAAUCCAGCAUUGUUUUUACCACAGCAAAGUUAUUAAUGAAAGUUCAAUCAAGUGUAUGCCUGCCAUCCUGUAUUGCAAUGAUGCAUAGUGAUUUUAAGCCCGUCAUCAAGGAAGUUGUGACCAACAGUGUACCAAAGCUCGAUAGGAGCGUUGUUUCUUCGGAAGUCAGUGAAGAAGACUUGGAAUUAUUAUCCAAAACGAUUAAUUUGUGCGGAUUCGACGAUAAUAUAUCUCCGUGUAAUCAUAUUAAUCUGUUGCUUCGAUUCGCCAUAGGAGAGUUCUCCAUAAAUCUGGAACACAUGGUAGAUAGCCGAGAAGAGCCUUAUUUGAAUUUGAGAUUACACACUCUGUAUUACGAAAUGGCUAUGAUGGAAUACGGUGUCGCAGUUCAGUUUGGCAUUGGAUCCAUUUUUCUGGUCGACAAAACGAACGCUGGCGUUACCGGAUCAUAUUUGGAAUUGAUAUCCACCGACGAGUCGUACGAGGUUGUCGUUGUGUCGUACCGUAAAGUUAAAUCAAAUUGUCCUGAUUUCAAGUCGCACUUCAAAAAUAUCGAACGCUCGCUAGUUGUGAAUCUGUUGAAUAUUAAUAUAAACUUUCAUAGAUCCGCGUUAUUGAAAAUUAGAGACUACUGGCGCAAAAUUCAAUCUAUUUGUCAUCUCACACUUUUAUUUAAGUUUGCUGAGAAGACUUGCAGUAAUAUUAUGAAAUGGGAACAGAGCGACGUUGACCCACCCAUUCCACCAGGCGCAAUUAAACUGAAUUAUUCAACUAGGCUCAGCUCGUUGGUGCUGCGAUUUUGUGAUAAGGACAUAGAUUUAAUGGAGGUCAAGAUUUUGGGUUUGGAAAACGAUUGCAUUUACAAUGCGAACGAGAGAAUGGUGUUGCGUGUACAUCUCAGGAGUAUUCUCGCUGAAGACUUAAACGAUGAUACGCUUUACUCUAAAAUUUUGGCGACCGAUGAAGAUAAAGUUUUUGAUCUGAAGUAUGUAAGGCACACGCCAAAAUUGUAUAAAUGCUCGGAUAUCGAUACAAAGCAAGACGAUGUGAUGUCGGACGGUACCUUUAAACUUUCCAUUGGACGCAUCAAUUGCGUGAUAAUUUCUAAAAUUCUAUACGAUUUAAGGAAUUUCAUAAGGCCAUUUACCUCUGCGUAUUAUACACAUUUCUUAAAUUAUUUGGAAUAUAAGUUCGUGACUGGGAUCGAGUUGUUCAAGAGGAGCGCGACGAAAUUGCAUAUUUUUAUCGAUAUUCAAGGGCCUACUUUUUUGCUACCUCAGAAAAAGGAUGCUCCGAGUCUUUUGGUCUUCGACACAGGUGUGCUAUCGGUUGAAAACUUCUUUAAGAACAGUGGACAACAAAUACAAACGAUUAAAACGGCCGCCAACGAUGGCAGUCAAUUAAUAAUCGACAAUAUUUUGAUCAAAUUGAAAUCUGUGACUAUAUCCAGAGCAAUUAUGACGUUGACUCGAGAUUUAGAAGUCCAGGAACCUAUCAUUGAACCUAUACAAAUUCAGUUUGAUAUUAAGAGGAAAACCGAGUACCGUAGCUUCAUAGAGUUUCAAACUUAUGGUUUAUUCAAUGUGCAGGGAGCUAUCGAUGUUAUAAAUAUAAACUUAAGCCAGAGGGACCUCAAGUCCCUCAUAUCAGUGUGGCAGGAUAAUAUCUCGAAGAUACCAUUGUUGAAGAAAGCCGGCGAAAAUGAUGAUCGAACUUCUGCACAGAACGCCCAAAAGAAUAUCGAUCACGACGACGAUGUCAUGGUGCAAAAAUUGGAAGAUUUCUUGACUCACAAUGAAACGGCGUUGUGCGAAGUUAAUGUGAAACUUGCAUUGGAGGGAUUGCAGUUGAAUUUGUUCAUGGAUACGGAAGAGGUGUUGAGUUCUCCCGUGCGCGAUUUGAAUCACGGUUUGUGCAAGCUGUGUUUCGGAGAAACUAUCAACACUUGGGAUCUUUACAGCGACAAGAGCUUGAGAAUGAAAUUAUCUUUGCAGAAUUGCUUAAUGCAGGACACUCGUAAGGACUCCGUUGUCGAAAAGAGGAUACUACAAUCGCCGGCGAUAUCCUUGGAGAAGAAUUUAGAAUCCUGUAUUUCUGUGUCAAUGUCGCCUAUAGUCGAUGUCACAUAUAGCCGCACGCAAGCGAAGGAAAAAUGUCUCGAUGUUCUUAUUCAGGAUGUGCGAAUUAAUUUGUCGGUUCCUUUCUUGAUGCACUUGGGACGGUACUUCCUGGACUCCUUGCCCAGCGAGCAGAUAGAGAAAGGAAUCAUCAAUCAUGGAUAUGACAACAACAAUCAAGCGAACCGGAAUGCAUUAAACGCAGAAACUGACAAAUUAAAUCGCUCCCAGUAUUUUAAGGAGCAACCAGGUACUUCUGUGUCAAUUAGAAUACAAAAGCCGGACAUCUUUCUGUUCGGUGACUUAGAGAAGAGUAAUACACACACGAUACGAAUGCAAGCAGAAGUGUUUAUCGAAAGCAGCAUACAUGGCUGUUCUUCCUCUAUAGUCUGCACUUUGACCAACGUCAAUGCCAAGACUAAAGGACAGGGAAAUUAUGAGUCUCCGUAUUGGUUGUUACGUCCCUGUGAUAUAGAAAUCUGCAAGAAGAAAGAGUUGUCAAACGGUAACGAGGAGAUUACCGUCGACAUAAAUAGUGUUAACAUACACCUAUCGGCGGAAGUGAUCCACACUUUUAUCGAAAUAUUGAGUGAGGCGUCGACUUUUCUAAACAGUCUUACGUUGAAAGUAGAUGACAGCAACAAUCAAAAUAUCAAUGUGAACAAUAAUCUUUGGACGCCGAAGAAAGUUUCCAGUAUACCAUAUAAGAAAACCGACGAAGAUCACCCAGAAUUGUAUCGCCGCCGUAACGAUCAUGUAAUAUUGAAUUUGAGACCCGUAUUAAUGUGUUUGCUGCUGGAAAUGGAGUAUUCUGUGGGAAGAUUUCCGGUGAUGAAAAUGGAGACUGUCAUUACGACCACCAUUAAUGACUGGCACAAUAAUUUCCAUCUUGAAUCCAAUGUGAAACUUCACGCAUUCUGCUACAACAGAGCUCAUCAGAAUUGGGAGCCGUUUGUGGAAUUUUGCACGAAAGACGAUGUAAAUUAUAAGCCAUGGGAACUAAUUAUCAAGACGUAUCGGGGCGAGGCAAAUAUGAUUAACUCUAAUUGGACAGAUCCUUGUCAUCAUGUCAAGCAAGAUCCAACAAAGGCAAGAAAGAGGGACAUGAAGUACAAUGAACAGGAUGUAACAGACAUGAUAUUUAUUGGACCUGAUACUGAUGUGAUCUCAUUGACGAAAAGCGAACCUGAAACCUGUAUUACGUACGAGGAUGAAUCCGAUACGGAUGACGACGAAAAUGAUGCGAAGUUUACGAGAAUCUCGAAUUAUCUAUUUAAUAACAACAGCGAUGACGAAGAAAGCGAUUCCGACGACUCGAGUGCGAAUGAGGACGAGGAGAUGGAAUCGUUGGAUUGUAAUCCCGAACCUUAUAACACUAAUGUGCGCGCUCCAGGGAGAACAAAUCUCUCGGCGCCGCAUAUUAUUUUGUAUUCGGAGGACAGAAUUAAUAUCACUAUAACGCAAAACAUGAUUGCGACAUGGAACGCAAUCUCGAGCGCAUUCGCACAAGCCAAGGGCGGAAUCCCGUUUGUGCCCGCUAAUACGCGAGAGUUGACUGUAUUGAACGAUAUUGGUCACGCGAGCCGAGUAGAGCUGCUUGUGCAAGAGCAAGUCGACGGAAACAAUAUCACACGCGUCAUCGCUGCACAAAAUUUUCACGAUGGAAACUCGCCGACCAGCGUACCAAGCAGUCCGGAAAAUGAAACCCAAACAGAUCUCAAGAGUCCUCAGUGGGUUGGCAAGGAAACCACUGCGAUCAUGUCGGAAUGUAAAGUUUUUCCCACCGAUUCGCCAGUUUACAUCUAUAAAUCGGUAACCGGCGAGCUUCUUCGUGUCAGUUUUGAAGGUUUCGAAGAUGUGCUGGUGUACUGUCCGCAAAAGGAAACACGAAAUCUCGUGCCGCUUCGUCCUGUGAGACACGAGGUUCGUUACUACUUGAUGAUAGAGGCGUCGAUAAACAGCUACCUACAUCGUACAAUUUGCGUGCGAUCUCCGUUACAGUUUCGAAACGAAACGUCGUACGCGCUGGGACUUUAUUACAAGAAAGCGGUGCUGGACAAACUGGGUCUAGUGCCGACCGGUGAAACCACAAAUCCUUUCGACCAUAAUGUGCGAAUGGCGAUCAUCGAACCGGAUGCGACUUCUAAUAUUCCUCUGUACAUCGCUUAUCAUUGCCCGAUACACAUUCUUCCCGCCUAUCUAGAGAAAUACCAAGUCAGUGACGAAGGGAUUUAUUGGAAAGACUUGAGGGGUACAGCAAACACAUUUAAAGACGUGUCCUGCAACACGAAGGGCGACACUAACCACAAUGUAUUCUGCGUCAGGGCGAUAUGCACGGAAGUUUCAUUAACGACCCGUCCCUCAGGCUGUCAAGUGCCGAAUUACUUGAUAAAUAUUAUACCGCCAGUUGUUUUUAACAAUCAGCUACCCUUCGUAAUCGAUGUCAGUUUACCUAACAUCAAUUACGAAGUGAAGAUCGAACCCGGGGAGAAAAUAAACAUGCACUCCUUCGAUCACAACAGCAACGUGCAAUUCAUUUUUAAAAUACACAACUAUUUAGGCACGUCUUGGAUGGGCGCGAUCAAGCUGAAUAUGAAUGUAGAACGAAAGUUCGUGCUGAUGUCCGCAGAUAACGAGUCGGACUUAACGAAGCCCUUCUUGCUGUGCCUGGAACUCUGCAAGAUUCUCAGCUGGAACAUCAUCGUGCAGUCGCAGUAUUGGAUAAUAAAUAAGUCCGGUUUGCCGUUGUUUAUUCAGGAUUACCAGUCUCACAGAAUUUACGAGAUGCCGGAGGAGGAGCUAAUGGUGUUCUCACAAAAGAACAAUAAGAAGAGCAUGGUGCGAUUAAGAGCUCAUCAAUCGGAAUGGUCAACGCCGUUCGGGCUGGACGGGCUCACGUCGAUGUCAUUGAUUAUAUGUCGGGACAUCGAGCGCGGACGGAAGUAUCAGAUUCUAACGGAAAUAGAGAGCUCCCGUUUGUCACCGAUCUUCACCAAGAUCAUAACGUUCCUGCCGUACUUCUUUAUAAGCAACAAAACCAAAAAGGCUCUAAGGUUCAUGGAGGAAAACGAGGAGGCCGAUCUUUGGAACGAUCUCUUACCCACGCAGGAAAUGUCGUUCUGGCCUGCCACCGAGUCCAUGAAAAUGAGAAUAAAGUGGAGGAACAGUCAAUUAGUCUCGCAGCAUUUCGAUAUCACGCAUGUGGGAAAAACUGUGCUGAGAAUGGAUAACGGGUCGGCACUGUGCGUGGAUAUCGAAGGCGGCAUAAAUAUGCCGUAUCGCAUAACGUUCCGAAGAUACGUCAGCGGUGACGUACCCGUGAGAGUGGAUAAUAUCUGCGACAAACUAUUUCUGAAGCUGAACCAAGUCGGUUUGGGUCAAGUCGCUUUACUCAAACCGUUCCAGAGUCUGCUGUACACUUGGGACGAUCCUACUCAGACCAGAGAAUUAAUCUGGAACGUUUACAAUAACAGUGCGAUCGGCUAUAAAGCACAAUUCGAAACGGAUGGCUGUGGACACGAAAAAGUGUCUUUCAUAACCGUUGAACGGCGCGACAGCGCGUCUCAUUCUUCCCUCACCCCUAAAUCGCUGGCGAACACAAAACCGUCGUGGUCAGAGGACACAAACGGAAGUGUCACUCCCCUACCUAGCGCGGAAUCCGAAACGAAGACCGCGUUAGAAAAUGUGCGACAGGACGAAACGGAGGUUUACUGGGUGAGUUAUAUGGAGGGCGAGCAACGUGUGCUGCUGUUCACGCAGCACGAGAGCGUGUACCUGAAAGCGAAAAGCAUCAUCGAUCCCGAAGCGAGUAAGAGAGAGAUGUUCCUGUCGAUUGCGGCCAUCGGAAUCAGCGUUGUCGUACAAGAAUCUAGUCUCCACAAUGUCAGACGUGAGUUACUGUACGCCAGUGUGAUGGACUCCGCCGCACAUUGGGAGCUUUCCUUCAGCAAACGAUGGAGGAGCCUAUCAUUGGAAUUGAGCGCCUGGUUGGAAAAUAAGUACACGAAUUCCGCGAAGGCAGCACAACUGGAAAAUUUCAUUGACGUUGAUUUCACGAAAAUGCAGAUGACGAAACCGUUCUUCGGCAAAUUGCGAAGGACGUAUUCGCCAGGUAUCUGGUUGCACUGCAGGGAAUCCGCGACGCUUUGCUACUUGCAGGGAUACGUUCACAGGAUACAGAUUGAUAAUCAACUGAGCGAAGCCACUUUUCCAGUAAUCUUAUAUCCCAGCCUGCAAAAGACUUUCGUGAAUUACGCCGGAAGUCGCAGGUUGAAGCAUUGCUUAGAAUUCUCGUACCUGAAGCAACGAAAAUUGAGGAACACCGUUUACAAAGGCAUAUGCGUUAUUGCCAGAGAGCUAAACUUGAAUCUGGAAGAGACGUUCCUUUGCUCCUUGUUCAACUUGAUUCCUAAAACACCGGAAACCAAACACUCAAUCGCCGCCAAACUCAGGCGAGACGUGUCCAAUGUGCGCGUUCCUUCGGUUCAGAAGAUGACUAAUAAUGCGGCCAGCAAGAGGAAAGACUUAAUAGAGCAAAUAUACAUUUCUCCGAUGGUUCUGCGCUUGAAGUUGCUGGCUAACACGGAUGGAUCUAACACACGCAAUUUCAAUAAUGUGCUCGAUUAUCACAAUAUUCUUCGAUUUAUCUUCGAAUACGCGGAAAAGGGCAUGUUCGAGAGGAACGUUGAAUUCAGAUUGCCCAGCUAUCGAAAGAAUUUCAUUACCGCCAACAAUGAGGAAUUCUUCUCGCGUCUCUCGCAGACUUAUGUAGCGCAGAUUAUGGAGCAGGUUCAUGUAUUGGUACGCUUAACUACCGUCUUGGGAAACCAGUAUGGCUACAACUUCAAAUCACCGGGGAGCAGUUUUUGCGAGCCGGAUUUGUUAUUGCUGUGCGGCGACGAAUCUGCGGAGAGACUGGCGCAUGAAAUUACAUGCGAGCUGGGCUACACUACGCCUGACGGCAUGCAGGUCUCGAUUUUAAACAGCAACGAAACUCACACGCUUCAUUCCAAGAUGAAAGAUAUAAGUUAUCAGAAUCCGGAUAUACCGCCCUUAGCAUUCUUAAUUGAUCACUCGUUCGCUGUGGAGAUCGAUUUGGAGACCUCCGGCUUGAUCACUACGUCGACAAACAGCGUUCACCGCGAAGAGUCGAGAUAUUUUUUCAAAACAUUGGGAAAGAAGAUAUCCGUGUUGUUCAAGGCGGAAAGCUCUUGUUCGAAAACUCACUCGAAAGUAAUAACAGACGUGAUAAAAAGAGCGCAAGAAGUAGGACAUAAUUUUGUAUCCCGAGUGCGAUUGCCGCGGUAUAUUAAUCCACACUUCGGCGUGGAACUGUUCUCAACGCACAAGGCGAAGGGAGCGUACUUAUUGAACGCUAUAAGCAAAGGUCACUGCGGCCAGAAUGAUUCUUAUUGGGGACACGCCGCGCUGCACAACGAUGGCAAAUACAUUACACUUGUGUCUUUGCACCGAAUACAUUAUAUCGAGAAAGGAAGCACGUGGGGAUCGUGGAACGUGAAGUGGACUUUAGAAACGAAUCAACUGCUAUCGCCGCCGACUAUUGCUAGAAACAAGCUUAUUUUGCAAGUAACAGAGCCGCAGAACGAGGAACAGACGCCGUCAUCUAUGGUGGAUUGGUACGUGGAAAGCGAAGCCGCGGACAUUCUGGAAUGGCUGUGUCGCAAAAUGAACAGCGCGAUGAUCCUGAACAUGGAGAGCAGUAUUUGUUCCAAAUAAAAGAUUCUUUCAAACACGCUAACGAGAUCGUUGUAAUAAAGAGAAAUCAGAGAGCGAAGAACAGAGAGGAUAAAAAGAAGAUAAGUGUAUCUAUGUUUAGUUGGGCGUAAUAAAAAUCUGUACGGUGAACGCAAAAAAAAGAAAAAACCACGUCUUUCUCUCUAAUGCCCUACACUUUUUUAUUAUUAUCAUUAUCAUUGUUAAUCUUGUCAAAGUCAGAUCGCAUCUUCGUCUUGGAUAAAGUACGUCUAGUUUAUUUCAUAAUUUAUUUACAAAAAGUCUUAGUAAAUUACACUUACAGGCAUCUCCACUCGAACUAAAGUAAAUAAUUUAAGAACUACAUGUAUUUAGAUAUCUAUAGAAUAGGAUACUUUGGGGUCGGGGAGAAGCUGGGACCAGGGAAAGUGUUCUGUUUAACUUAUACUCAAUACGCUUCUAAAUCGUAUCUCCGCGAAGAAAUCGAUUUCGUUUUUUUUUUUUCAACGGCUACAUGUCGCGUGUGACAACUAAAAAUCUCAUUCCAUCCCUCUUUAAGAUUCACUCCUACGAAAUGAGGAAUUGUUACCAGUGGAAGGUGUGCGACGACGAGUUCGAGCGCGUCAUUCAGUUUUUUUUUCCUUUUCCUCCUUUUUUUCCUUUUGCAACUGUUGCGUAGACGUAUGUGAGAGUGGGAUUUUACAAUUAGGUAAAUGUAUGUAUCGUAAGAAUCGUCAAAAUAUGUGCAAGCUGACAAUCGGUAUUUGUUAGUUUUACAAUAACGCAUGCGCGCUUUGAAAAAGCAUAAAAUCUUGAUUAUAAAUAUAUUCCCAUUAGAAUCGUUUAAUGGCACGAUCGAGCUUAAAUUUAAAAAUCCUCUUCUUUUUUUCAUCUUUUUAAUAUAUUCGUUUCUACAUUAUCGCCCAGAAACAGUUUCAUGUGCUUCUGCAAUGUCGAUUUUUUUCCUUUAUCUUCCGCCCUUUUCCUCCGCCGCUUCUUCGUCUUUUUCUUUCUUUUUUUUGUUAUCACAACGGCGUUUUUUUAAUUACGUUUAUAAAUAUGUGUAUUUAUAAACGUAAUAAACGUAACGAGAAGACUGCAGUUAGAUUCA